UGCUUUUGUUUUCGCACAUAAAUUGACAAUUGCAUAUGAGAAUUCGCGUAGAUGCGAACAGCCUUAAAAAUCUCUUUUACUUGUGUCAGGGCCAGUUCUCAGGUAUCAAGUUCAAAUUAGAGAUUUUUUUAUAUAGUUAUAGAGUUUGUUAAAUUUGAAUCUACAUCAUUCGUUUCACAAUAACCAUACUAAUUAUACAGAUAAUUCGUGUUUGUCAGUAAGAAUAAGUAUGGAUUUAAAACAAUACCAAAUAGAAAAAUGCCCAGCUUGCGCUUAUUAUAUCCCCGAUUUCAUUACACCGCAUGAUGAGUCUGUUGUGCUUUCCAUGGUUGAGAAAACUCCUAAACCACGAUGGACCCAACUAUCUAAUCGGAGGCUAAUAAAUUACGGCGGGGUUCCACAUCCUAAAGGAAUGAUAGCCGAAGAAAUUCCGACCUGGUUGCGAAAGCUUGUUGAUCGAAUAAACAACAUUGAUGGAGUGUUUGAAGAAAGCAAACAGGCUAACCACGUUCUUGUGAACGAAUAUUUAGCUGGCCAGGGAAUUAUGCCCCAUCUUGAUGGGCCGCUAUUUUAUCCGACGAUAACCACUAUCUCCUGUGGGUCACAUACUGUUUUGGAAUUCUCAGAAUCACAAAACAGUGAACAAAUAGGUACUGAUAAGAAAGUAAUUACUAAACUUUUGAUACAACCUCGUAGUUUGCUCAUACUGAAAGACGACAUGUAUCAAAAGUAUUUACAUUCUAUUCAAGAAAUUGAUAGAGACGUAAUUGAUGAAAAUUUUGCCAAUUUGUCCAAUUUACCAAACUGGGAAGCGGCAGUUAAUAUCGGCGAUCAAUUAACUAGAAGUACUCGUAUUUCAUUGACAAUUCGACAUGUGCCCAAAACAUCAAAAUUAAAAAUCAAACUUCAUUAACAA